CGACUCUUCUUUAGUGAUUGGACCGUAGAGAUGUCAGUGAUUUUUUUCACUUCCGGGGGCGGUUCUUUUUUUCUCCCCUUUACGAAACAGACAGAAGAGCUGCGGGAAAAAGGACGCUUUGCUAACAGGACGCUGGAAACGGUUCUGCGUGGAAAAUGAUGCUGGCAGAGGUCCUGCAGGUGCUCCGCGGGGCGGGAAAGGUGGGCUCCGCUCUGAUGCUGACCCAAGGGGAGCAGCUCCGCCUGAUGGCGUGCAACUCCUCCCUGGCUGCAGGGGUCAAAGCUGCCCAGGACGCAGCCGAAGGCGCCAUGGCCGCUUUGUUUGGCACCGCCAGCCAGAAUUCCAUUAAGGAGGAUGUUUUUCCUGAUGCUGAAGGCUGGGAAAACAUGGAUCCUGAGGAAGCGGCCAAAUGGGCGGUUGGAUCCGAGUUCCCUCCUGAUCCUGCAGAACACAACUGGACCAAACCUGAGUCUACAACCAGGAUGCACACAGGGGCUCAUCCUGACGAGCAGUCACCGGCGGGGGGGUCAGGCUGGCCGCGCUCCUCCAGUCGCUUCUUGCACAGCGGCACCAGCCUGCAGAGGUUCUACAACAGUAGUCGGUCUGUGCAUAACACGGUGGUGACCAAGCUGACGCCAGAGGACAUGAAGAAAGCCAGAGAGGCGAAGCAGGCCCUAGUUAAACCGGUCAGACAGAAGCUGAGCGUCCACGCUAAAGAGAGGAAGGUCCCUGCAACGAGGAUCAGCCGACUUGUUAAUUUUGGCGGGCUUGCUGUUGGAUUGGGAAUUGGCGCCAUUGCAGAAGUAGCAAAGCAGUCCUUAGGAGGAAAACAAAAAGGAGAAGGGAAUGCGUUAUUGGACUCAGCCUUCCUGUCUGAAGCCAACGCCGAAAGGAUUGUCAACACACUCUGUAAAGUUCGUGGAGCUGCGCUCAAAAUAGGCCAGAUGCUCAGCAUACAAGACAACUCCUUCAUCAACCCUCAGCUGCAGAAGAUCUUUGAGAGGGUGCGGCAGAGCGCAGACUUUAUGCCCACCUGGCAAAUGACGAAGGUUCUGGAGGAGGAGCUCGGACCAGGCUGGAGAGAGAAGCUCGCGUCCUUUGAGGACAAACCUUUUGCUGCAGCUUCCAUUGGCCAGGUGCAUCACGGCAUGUUGAAAGAUGGACGAGAAAUUGCCAUGAAGAUCCAGUACCCCGGAGUGGCAGAGAGCAUCCAGAGCGACAUAGACAAUCUGAUGUCGGUGCUGAAGAUGAGCGUGGUUCUGCCAGAAGGUCUGUUUGCAGACAGUAGUCUGGAGGUCCUGCAGAGAGAGCUGGCCUGGGAGUGCGACUAUAAGAGGGAAGCAGAAUGUGCCAAGAAGUUCAGGUCCCUGCUGGAAGGAGACCCGUAUUUCCAAGUCCCAGAGGUCAUCGAUGAGCUGUCGGGGCGCCGGGUUCUGGCCAUGGAGCUAGUCCAAGGGGUUCCACUGGACCGCUGUGUGGAUCUGGAUCAGGAAACGAGGAACCAGAUCUGUUUCCAAAUCCUUCAGCUGUGUCUGAGGGAGCUCUUCGAGUUCAGGUUCAUGCAGACGGAUCCAAACUGGUCCAACUUCUUCUACAAUUCAGAAACAAACAAGGUCAUUCUCUUAGACUUUGGAGCAUGCAGAAGCUACCCAGAGUUCUUCACAGAUGACUACAUCCAGGUGGUGUAUGCAGCCUCUGUUGGCGAUCGGGACACUGUCCUCUCCAAAUCCAAGGACCUGAAGUUCCUCACAGGUUUGGAGACCAAGGCUUUUAAGGAUGCUCACGUGGAAGCGGUGAUGAUCCUGGGCGAAGCCUUUGCUUCUACAGAGGCCUUUGACUUUGGCAGCCAGAGCACCACCCACCGCAUCCAGAACCUCAUACCCAUCAUGCUGCGCCACCGCCUCACGCCCCCCCCUGAGGAGACGUACUCACUCCACCGCAAGAUGGCCGGCUCUUUCCUCAUCUGCUCCAAGCUGAAGGCCCGCAUACCCUGCAAGGACAUGUUCCUGGACGUCUACAAGGCCUACACGCAGAAGCGGCAGGCAGAGCAGCUGCAGCAAGCCCGUGUCUGAAGUGGGGGACAAGUGGAGCAGCUGCAGUGGGCCCGCCUCUAAAGGGGGCGGGGCAUGGCCACGGCCUACAGAAGCCUAUAGCUUCUAACUGUUGAACUGAACGAUGGAGAUGCUGAGUCAAACUGUUCCUGGCAUCACCAUCUCUGUGGAGUUUGUGGUCCUUGUUCUCCAUCAGGCUGUGCAGUCAGAGCCGUUCUGACCCAGAACCUGGACUGAUGUCCAAAUGAGGCAGUUUUACCACUCAGUCAUCAAGGUUCUUUCAAACAAGGAAACGAUUCCUCCAAAGUGGAUUCUUCAAUCACAGAAAAGUCAGAACUUUGAUUUCUGCACUGAAAAUGAUCAUACCAAACAGCAGCAGAGAUCCAGUCUGAAGAUCCGCUUUGACUGCCUCACAUUAACCAGUCUGUGUGCUUUUAUAAUAAACCAAAGCUGCUCCGUGUCAGAUCCAGAUUCAUGCUGCUGUGUUGUUCUGCACUAAGGUUUUAUUCAAUAAAGCACCAAACUGUGUUUUUGUGUCGA